CUUCAUUGCAUUUGUGUAUCUAUUUAGCACAUGACUAUUGUGCAUAAACAUUGGCCGUUAGAAAUUUGACAGAUGGUUAAUUAAAAAUGGAAGGUAUGAUUGAUUUGGAAGAAGAAUCGUUUACAAAUACCAUUGGAGAGGAAUGUCCCAUCGUAGUAGAAAUGGCAUCCUUAGAUAUAAUUGAUGAAUCGCCAAAACCACCACCAACACGCCGCAGCUUACGCAGAAGAAGUGGUAUCUUCGAACAUACAUUAAUUAAAAAAGCAUUAGAAUCAAAUUCAAGUGAACAAUCACCAGCUAGUACAGACACAGAACCACAGAAUAAACGACGCGUUAUUAAACAACCGCGAAAACGUUGCUCCAAAGUUAAUGAUGAUCAAUUAUCCGGUAUUAAAGACUAUUAUUUAUGCAAGAAAUUUAAAAGGAUACCCUCAACUUUUGAAACAAUUUAUGAAGAACCCAAAUUACAGAAAAAUAAAUAUGUAUUUGUCGCAAGUAAAAAAGAGAAACGUAUCUUAUCAUUUGGUAAUAGUUCAACAAUAACAACUGGCAAGGUGAAGAAAAGACGUUUAAAAAUAAAGAAACUAUUGCCUAGUCAAAGUUUUAUGAAACGUGAACGUCUUUCUAUGGAUUAUUUCUUACAAAAAAUAGGAAAUUGUGAUCGACAAAGUACAUCGACUGAUUCCAGCACUUAA